CUCUCUCUCUCUCUCUCUCUCUCUCUGCGUCUGACGUAACUGUGCAGCAUGCCAUGAGGGAAGGGACGGCCACCCUGCUCCCACGCUGCCGGGGGGCUGCUUACGCGUCGGUUUACGAGAAUAGCGCUGCUGAGGCUUAACAGGCAGAGGAGGAGGAGGAGGAGGAGGAGGAGGAUGUCGUCUCUGGUGGUGCCCAAUGCGGGACUGAAGAAUCAUCACGUUGGCCUGCCAGUGUACCUCCACGGAGAGGAGCAGGUUGAGAAGAAGAGGAAGGAGGAGGCGGAGGUGGUGCGGAGGAGGAACGGGUUCUGUUUGGGGAGGAAGGAGGUGGCGGCGGAGUCAUCAGAGAGCUCGUCGAUCGGCGCUGCGUCGUCCGAGGAUGAGGGCUCACGCCAAGAAGGUAGGGAGGCGAAGGAGGAGGAGGUGGAGAGCAAGAGGAAGGAUGGGGCGGCGCUGGGGUCUCUGGAUUCCUUGGAAGACUCUCUUCCCAUCAAGAGAGGACUAUCCAAUUUCUUCUCAGGGAAGUCGAAAUCAUUUGCCAGCUUAUCAGACGCUGCCACCGCGAGCGCAAAAGACAUGGCGAAGCCCGAAAACCCCUUCAACAAACGCAGGAGACUCCUCAUGAUGAGCAACAUUAGAAGUGCUUCCUACACUUCACUCUCGUCCCGAGAUCACACGGUGAAGGAAGCAGAUGAGGAAGAGGAGGAGUAGGAGGAGAAGCAUAAAAGGUGACCUUCCUCCUUGGCUCCCUUCCCCCACAAUGGCAACAAUGACACGAAGAAGAAGAAGAAGAAAGAAUUUUAGAUCUCCUAGAUCCUCCUCCCUGUCUGAUCUCCAACAUGUUCUUCGAUCUUGCUAACAAGUCCCGAUGCCUUUUUCAUGGUGAGAUUUAGUCAGAAUAAUCUUAAAUUU